CACACACACUCUGUCACAUGAAUCCGGCUGUCACCAGGAGUCUCAAGAUGGCGGCUCAUCUUUCCUGCGGCCGGGUGAACCUAAACGUUUUGAGGGAGGCGAUGCGCAUUGAGCUGCGGGAGUUCCUGGAUAAAUGUGCGGGGAGUAAGGCUAUUGUAUGGGAUGAGUAUCUGACGGGCCCUUUUGGAUUAAUUGCCCAGUAUUCGCUCUUAAAGGAACAUGAAGUGGAAAAAAUGUUUACGCUUAAGGCGGGCCCGUUACCAUCAUCUGAUGUUAAAAACAUCAUAUUUUUUGUCAGACCCAAGCUGGAACUAAUGGACAUAAUUGCUGAGAACAUUCGGAGAGAAGAUAAAGGUCGCUUUACUCAACGGGAUUUUCACAUUUUAUUUGUGCCUCGUCGUAGCCUGCUGUGUGAGCAGAGACUUAAGGAACUGGGUGUUCUUGGCUCUUUUCAUCAUCGUGAGGAAUACCGCCUAAAUCUAAUCCCUUUUGACGGUGACCUGUUGUCCAUGGAAUCUGAUAAUGCUUUUAAGGAAUGCUACCUGGAGAAUGAUCAGACAACACUUUAUCAUGUAGCUAAGGGACUCACCACUUUGCAGGCCUUGUAUGGGACCAUUCCUCAGAUUUGUGGGAAAGGAGAAUGUGCGAGGCAUGUCGCCAAUAUGAUGAUCAGGAUGAAGCGAGAAUUGGGUGGAAGCAACAACCAGAUAACGCCAGUGUUUGACACACUUUUGUUGCUGGAUCGUAAUGUUGACUUGUUGACACCACUAGCAACCCAGCUCACAUAUGAGGGACUUAUCGAUGAAGUCUAUGGCAUUCAAAAUAGCAAUGUGAAACUUCCCCCAGAAAAAUUUGCCCCCAAGAAACAGGGGGAGAGUGGGAAAGAUCUCCCUACAGAACCGAAGAAACUGCUGCUGAACUCUGCUGAGGAGUUAUAUGCCGAGAUCAGGGACAAAAACUUCAACGCUGUAGGCUCAGUACUGAGUAAGAAGGCCAAAAUUAUAUCUGCAGCUUUUGAGGGGAGACACAACGCCAAGACGGUGGGUGAAAUCAAGCAAUUCGUCUCACAACUGCCGCAUAUGCAAGCUGAACGGGCAUCGUUAGCAAAUCACACAUCCAUUGCUGAACUCAUAAAGGAUAUAACCACUUCAGAAGCAUUUUUUGAUAAUUUAACAGUGGAGCAAGAAUUCAUGUCUGGCUUUGACACUGAUAAGGUUAAUCCAUACAUAGAGGAUUGUAUUGCGAAAAAAGAACCCUUAAUACAGAUCUUAAGACUGGUCUGCCUUCAAUCUGUGUGCAACACGGGUCUCAAGCAAAAGGUGCUGGACUUCUACAAGAAAGAGAUUUUACAGACUUAUGGUUAUGAGCACAUACUGACCCUGCACAAUCUGGAAAAGGCUGGGCUUUUAAAAGCACAAUCGGGCAGUAGAAAUAAUUACCCAACCAUCAGGAAAACCCUGCGCCUCUGGAUGGACGAUGUCAAUGAGCAGAAUCCUAAUGACAUCUCCUAUGUGUACAGUGGCUAUGCUCCUCUCAGUGUUCGUCUGGCACAGGUUCUGGUCCGUCCAGGUUGGAGAAGUAUUGAAGAGGUUCUUAAAAUCCUUCCUGGUCCUCAAUUUGAAGAACGGCAGUCCCUACCGGCUGGGCUUCUGAAGAAACGUCAACAAGGGGAGAACAAGGUGAUGCUGAUCUUUUUCCUUGGUGGAGUGACCUUUGCAGAAAUUGCUGCCUUGCGUUUCCUUUCUCAACUGGAGGACGGUGGAACCGAAUACAUAAUUGCUACUACCAAACUGAUCAAUGGAACUACAUGGAUUAAAUCUCUAAUGGAAAAGCUUGAGCCACCACCUUUUUAAAUCCAAGUCCCAUUGUCUGGGAAAUGCAACAGGACAUCCCACUAAAACAAAGUGCUAAAAUUUGGAAAUGGUUCCAAAGACUGAUGCAAAAGUUAUCUUAGGUGGUAGCCUCAAUGGUAGGAGAAGUGGAUUACACACGAUUCCAUGCUGUAAAUAACCUGUAACUUGUCUACAGCCUACAGUGAAACUUAGAAACAAAGAUAUUGUGAUGGUGUACAGUACAUGUACAGUGCUGGUCAGGUGGUUAAAGAUGAAGCCCGCUCUGGAGCGUGGGCGUCAUUACCGUCUGGUAUUUUACACAGCAGAAACCUAGAGCUAAUGUAUAUGAUUGGCAAAAAAAAAAAACUGAUCACAGAUAUUUAAACCCUCCGAUGCAGUGGAUAGUUGUGACCACUGCAUCAGAUGCCACUUUUUCUGGGAGCACUACACUCCUUGGGCCUGAACAGCUCCCCCAGAGCGUUGAUCGGGGAGCCAUUGGUUUGCUUUGGUAGCCUCAGUCCCUCUGAAGGAUCAGAGGCUACCACAGCAAUAUUACCUAGGAACAUAAUGGAACUGCCUUAGGCUGUAAUGGUAAUUCAUUGCACUCUAUGGGAGAAGUGAUCAGAUGAUCGCAUGUUAAA